GUGCGGGGCGCAAGGGCCCCUGGGCCAGCCGACAAUGCGAUCCCGGCACCGAUCGGCCGAAGUAAUUCCGUUGUGCGGAACCCCAAACAAAACCAGAACGAUCAAAACGGAAACGGAAUCCACCCAUCCUGUGAUCCCUCCCCGUGCCCUCCUCAUGGUCGUGACACGGGUGCCGAGCAAGGGGCAGCCCAAACCAAUACAUCACUCCCCCCUCUCCUGGCUCGCCAACUCUCCCCGGUUUCCAUUUUCCUAUUUCUCGCCGAUCCCUCUCCCUCCGUCUUCUCCAAUCCAAUCCCCGUAGCUUUCUCCAUCCCAAACGAUGACUCAAAUUCUCAUUAUAGAACUCUAGUAGAGAAUAAUUAGUAGAUAGAUAGGUCUUGGCAUUUUCUUUUGGCAGCGGGGGAGGGAGAAAGAGGAAGGGAAGGGAUCUUGAUCCAUGAACCGGUCCCCGUCCCUAUCGGCGAAGCGCGAGGCGAGCCCAAGCCCCCCAAGUCCGAACCCGAGCGCCCUCCGGCGAUGGGUGCUGGCCUUCUGCGUGAUCCGGUUCGACCUGGAGCAAGGGCAGACGGUGGAGGAGCUCUACCCCCCGGACUCCCUCCCCUCCGACCUGCAGCUCCUCGUCGCCUUCUCCUCAUUCCCCGACUCCAUGUCCCACCACCACCCGCGCCACCGCUCCUCCAUCCAUGACUCCAUCUUCUCCUUCCGCUUCCCCGCCGGCGGCGCUUUUAUCUACGGCUACGUCUUCAAUCGGCAGCGCCAGGACGAGCGCCUCCCACGCGGCGGCGAGCAGAAGUCGGUGGUGGUGCUCUCUCACUACCCCUAUUCCUCCGUCUUCCGGCUCCUCCUCCAGAUCCUCGGCCCCCUCUGCUUCGACAUCGGCCGCGCCGCCCUCGACCUCGUCGCCUCCCACGUUGCCGCCUGGCCUCCCCCCUCACCGGGGUCCCCCAUGGACCUCCCCAUCGGCACCGCCGCCCUCCGCGUCCACCUCCCCCCCUCCCCCGACGACCUCGCCGCCGCCCCCUUCCCCCUCGCCAACCCCUCCGUCCCACACGGCCUCUUCCACGAUGCCGACCUCUUUGCUGCCUUCCGCGGCCUCCUCCUCCACCUCUGGACCCUCUGGGAGCUCAUGCUCCUCGGCGAGCCCAUCCUUGUCAUCGCCCCCACCCCUCCCCAGUGCUCCGAGGCCGUCGCCGCCCUUGUUAGCCUCGUCGCCCCCCUCCGCUACAGCGUCGACUUCCGCCCCUACUUCACCAUCCACGACCCCGACUUCGCCCGCCUCAAUUCCCUCCACGAGGGCGACGCUUUCCCUCCCAUGGUCCUCGGCGUCACCAAUCUCUUCUUCUUGAAAUCCCUCAAGAACAUCCCCCACGUCGUCUCGGUCGGGAGCCCGAGCCCUAAUUCCACCCGCGUGCUCCCCGUGGCCUCUAUCUCCCCCUCCAUCGGCACCGGGAGGAACACCAGGCCUGGAAGGCUCAACCUCGAGAAGCUGUCGCUGAACAAGUUUUCUCCUUCCAGCUUGCUAAAUGCCGUGAAGCGGAGGAGAGAGGGCCCUCUUUGCCUCAUGACGGAGCACAAGGAAGCUGUUUGGAGCACCUACUCGGCGACGAUGAAGCCGGACACUGCAGUUUUGAACAGGCUUAUCGAUGCGGGGAUGUCUCCGAGGAUUGAGGAGUCCAUGUCGGUCGUCAAUAAUGAGAUCUUGCGGCGGCAUUUCCUGGAGCUGACGACCAACUUCCUUGCGCCCUUUGGGCCAUACUUGAGAGCCACCACUCCUUCAGAAGGAAGCUCUCCUUUCGUGGAGCCGCCACCUCUGCCUCCUUUUCAUGCUGAUGAGUUCCUCAAUGGAUUGGCUGCGAGAGGUCCUGGGAAGUUCUUAACCAAAAGGAUGAGGUCUAAUUGGCUGGAUUUAUACAGGCGCUUUCUAGAAGGGUACAAUUUCAUGCCAUGGUUCCAAAGAAAGCGUGCUGCUGUUGAAAAAGAACAAUGUAGACUUUGGAGGCAGGCCCGGAUAAACAUUGACAUACACAAGCUAUUAUCAAAAAUGUCUGAAGUGGAGAUCGUCGAUUCCUUUAAUGCUAUCGAGCGGCAUUUAAUUGAAGAGAUACAGUAAUGAUAGGUGGGGAACGUAGGCUAGUGUUUUGCAGCUUCCUUGGUUGCACUAUUGCAUCUCGACUAAUCUCUCUAUGUUAUUUCUUGCCUCUAGCCAAAAGCUUCCUUCAACCAAUGACACAAGACUUUUAUCAAUGUAAAGUGAUAAUUUAAGCCUCUACCAUUCAACUUUUAUAUAAUCCACCAAGAGAGCAUUAUUGGAUGCGUUAUUGAAUUGUCUCUGCAAUGGAUAAAGAAGGGAUGAGGUGUUGAAGAAUCUUAUAAAUAAUGUUGUGAGUAUAAGGAUUGAAGAUGUAGAUAUUCUUCAUCCUUCGAACUCUUAUUUAGUUUUAGCAUAAUGGUUUGGUUGUUCAAGUUGUCAGCAGUUAUCAUCUUGUUCUUUUCAAGGAUACAAACUCGGCUUGGCAUGAUUAGCAGUUUGGCACUGAGCUCCAUCGCAUGCAAAGAGAUUGCAAGGCCUAACUAUUUGAGUGAACAACAAAGUUUUGGUGCAAUUGAUGGUGUCUUCAAAAAUCCACAAAAAUUAUAUACAGCAUAUAACUUUAGGUCUUUCUUUGAACAGCAAUCUUUUGCCUCGAAAUUUCUUGCUAAUCUACCAAUCUUUAUAAUUCAAACAUUGAACUCCGUGAUUGUAUCAUUUUGUAAUUAGAAAAGGUGAAUAUUUUUGCAGUCCACUUUAUCUUCUAGAAAGUAGAAUAGUUGAUGGGUACUUCUGAGAAUCUAAGGCCUUCGGCUUUUCUUGAUAUGCCUUAUAAUAAAAUUGAGUCUUUGGAUAAAUCUCUAUAAACAGAAGCCCGGCAUGAAAAUUGCAACAUCUCCUAGUUAACAUGAUGUGGCCAAUAUGAACAACCUUGAGCCCUGAUCCACCUUCAAUCCAUCGUUUUAGACCAUAUAACCUGGAAGACAGCAAAGACACACAAGACAUCUCUUGUUUGAGUUUGUAAUCUAUUUCUUUCUGGUAAGAUUUCCAUAACCUAUCUAAGAUGAUGUAUGGUUCUUUGAUAGGCGAUAUUUCGCAACUUAAAGAAGCUAAUAUACAGUUUUAUAAAUGGGAAAAAAAAGGUUAUUCGGGUUUUGGAGUAUGGAGGAUGACUCUGCAUGAGCGGAAAGUUAUAAUUUUGUUGUAAGAACAGGAGAAUGAAUCAACAUUUGCCAAAAUGUAGAUAUCAUGGAUCUUGUACUGAAGAGGAUCACAAUUAGAGUCCAGCAAGAAACUCUAACUGUUGUAAGGUACCCAUUCGAGAAAACAAAUGAAAAGAAUGCUAAUUAACUUUAAGAGAGAAGAAUGGAAACUGUUCAAUUAAAUGGAUACUAACAUUAAUGGUAACUUCAAGUAGAGCCGCAAGUAGAAAGAAGAAAAUGGCAAGCUACAAGAGCAUGAGCGAGAUACAUCUACCACUGAGUACAAGCUGUGGGAAGAAAUAAAGGAUUUCCGAGAGACCUAGAGUCAGGAGGAAAGAAGGGAAAAAAAAACUAAAAUCCUCAUUGGAGUUUAAAAAAGAGCUAAUAGAUAAGCCAUGGUGAAAGGGGCCUUUUCACUUGUAGUAAUUCAUGAAGCUGGUUAUUUCAAAUGUAAGAAGACCUGGCAAUUCCACUAAACAGUCAGGCUAAGCUGUCGGAUACUAUACUUUUACCUUGCAAAUGGACAAACAUCUUCCAAUUCUAGCUCUGCUGCUGCCAUCUUGGAGCCUAACCAACACUGCGGCCAGCAUGUAGUAAAAUCAACAUAAAUGGUUCUUCUGACUAUUCCACUGGCAUUGUUGACGCUGGAAUCAUCAUUAGUAGCCACCAAGGUGAAAUUAAUUGUGCUAAAUUUGUGUUUUUUUCUGGAAUAUCAAGCUUGAAAGCUGAAGCUAGGGCUUAUCUUGAAGGCCUCUGACAGGAAAAUAUUCAUUCUCUCAGGAGGAUCAUCGUUGAGAUAGACUGGACUGGUCAUAUAUCUUACUAAACACCAAGAUGUUUGCCCUGUCACUUUACAAAGGACUUUCAAUUACUGAUAUUAAAUCAGGAUAGAGAUUAUAUUCUUGUUCCUUGUAUCUAGGAUGGGAACACUACUGCAGACUGGUUGGCCAAAUGUGCCUAUACAAACUAGUUUGUUGAGGUUGAUUGUGAGAAUUGAACUUGGUGAAAUUUUGGAUGCUGAUAUAGUGACUUUUGCAAUAUGUUAUCAUCACAGACAGACAGAACAUGAAGAUGGAUGUAUAAGCUUAAAUGUGUCUCUAGUAGAUUACGAAUGCUGAUGUUAUGUUCUCAUCCAUAACUGUGAAAAGGAAUUUUGGAUCAAAAUUUGUAUUUCAUGGAGUUGAAAUCAAGUUGGCAUUAUGAAUGGUUUGGAGUGGCAGCCACCUGUGGAAGUAAAUCUUUUAGCAUGGCCAGAAAAUUUACCUUACUUUUGUUUAUGCAUCCAACUUUAAACAGGAAGUGAAGCUGUGAGGAUAUGGUUUAGGGCUUCAGCCAACUUAUCCAAAUCCUUUGAUUCUUCCCAGUGAAUUCAAUAUUAAAGUAUCAUUCUUCAGAAAAUAAGCAAAUUGUGAUUCUGUGGACUUUAAUCCAUGUAUUAAAAGUUCUGGUCUAUGAACUCAAAUUUGUAGGUCUCUAUGGUCAUUGAGUAAUUGAGUAAUUCUUCUACAGCAAGGAAGAAACAUGGAGACUAGUUAACAGUGAUUUGGAGGUUUUCUUACAUUUUUCCUUCAAUAUAACUAUCUAGUCUGAGUGAUUUAAAGUCAAGGAUCAUUUUUUCAGAAAGUUGAAUUGAAGCCUAAGGCCUUUGACAAUUUCACUUCCUAGUCUCAGAAAGAUGAAUUCAUGAAAGAAAUUUUCAAUUUUGUAUUGUCAAUAUGGAAGACUUAAAUUUAGGUUGGACAAUACAUAAUCACGUCUCCAACUAGGUUGCCAUGCCUAGAAUAUGCUGUCGACAGAGCAAAUCUUGAAAAUUAAGUAAACAUGGAUGGAUAGUUCAGAAGAAUGAUACUCUGGCUCAAGUUCUGCAAAACUGGUAUCGGGUCCUAUACUAGUGCCAAAGUGGCUUGGUAUGGUACGGUCCGUAUGAUAUGGUAUGGAGCCCUAUACCAACACAAGCUCACGGCACUUUUCUCCCAACCGUGGUACCGUCUAAAGCCAAGCGGCACAGGGCAGUUCCGCUUCGUUCAAACCAGUUCGGCUCAUAUACCAUAUUAAACCUAGAAAUUGUCUCGAUUCCAUGUCAGUAUGGUAUGGCAUGGUAUGCCCUGGUAAAGGCAGUUCGAGAUAGUUUUUGCAGACCUUGUUAUGGCUAAAUUCAAGGAUAGUAUGGCUCUCUGUUUAGUGGUGAUUAAAAUUCAGCUUCUGUGAUGCUGCAAAGUCUUGUUGGCUCAUAAUGGCUAACCUGUAAGAGUAAUGUGAGAUUUUUGGGAAUACUUGUCCAGGAAUCUUUUGUUCAUUGAAACUAAAUAUUACUUUUCAAUAAGGGUGUUAACCAUUGAGGGAAACCUUUGCAUCCUGAAAAGGCAUCAGGACUCUAAAGCAGUUCUUUCAGUGCUGAGCUUCAUAAAGUUCCAGAUCCUGAUUAGUUUUUCCUAUCAGGUCUACUUGAGCAUCAACAAAAUGAUCUUUUAUGUUAGUUGAAAUUGUUCAACAAUUGAAAUAACCCUGAAGAAAAUACAGCAGACAAGAUUAGUUCUCAUCACUAGGCCCCUGACUGCUGGUUCACGCAAUCAUUAUGGGCCUCAUUACCUUAUGCUGUUUCCUGCAUGAAAUUAUAUGGCAUGAUUUGGUUUCUGCACUUCUGCUUAAAGCAGACAAAAUGGACAGGAAAUUUUGUUUGCAUGCCUUACUUUAAUGUUCUUUUGAUAAUUGACACUUUCUAUAAGGGCUUAUCAGUACGUUGCUUGAUGAUUCAUUUGUCACUGUGCUAUUUCAUCUUGGUUGGAAGGUUUUUAAAUCUUGGAUUUUUUGUUUUUCCAUGAAUCAAAAAAAUUAAACUAUCCGACUCUUUCAGCUGGUGGCCAUAAAUUUAUUGUUAAUUCCCUAGGAGUUUGUUAAAAUUCAGCAAAAAUAUUAUUGUUAAUGUGGAGAAGGUAUGUUUUUACUUAGGGAUAGAGUAGAUUUUUGAUUUGCUUCUUAUGUAGAAGGUAAAUUUCCUAUCUUAUGAUUGGAAUUAUCUCUAGCUCCAGUCAAAUUGAUGAGUGUCCUGUUUUAUCCUUGUUUAGGAGAGUUUAGAAAAAUGUAAAUGGUUGAAAUAUACGACUACUGUCCCCUAGGCUAACUAUGAUCCAAGAUCUCCUGUUCUCCUUUGGGCGUACAAUGUUUAUGAGUUGAGUUUGUGUUAUUGUUUUAAGACUGCUUAAUCAUUGCUUGCUUCGACACAUGUUUCUAGGCUGGUCUUUCUAAAAAUGCCUUCAGGCUUGUGUGGGGCUAUACAAAAUAAGAGGCAUGAAUCACAUAAUGGUUCUGGUGAAGUAUGCACGUUGUUCUUUGGACCUUGCAUGGGAGGCCUGAAAUUUUAAUUUAAUUACUUCGACAACCAACCUUCUUCCGAGAAAUUCUUCCUGUAAAAAAACUUUGUAUGUGUCAAAUUCCAAAUCUAAGCAUAGUCGGAUAUGUUAUUCCACAAUAGUAAUUUGUGUAUAACUGGCAUUGGCGUAAGAAAUGUGUGAUCCUUGCCAUAGUCUCUAAUCAACUCUGACAUCCUUUGCUUACUUAUUCUCAUGUUUUUCUUAGAUUUCUAAGGUUUUUGAAAGUACAUGAAGCUUGAACCUUGUGCCUUGGAGCUUGUCACUUGUAUCUUAUGCCUUGUCUCACUUAAACUUUCUAAAAGUGUGUUAUCCAUAGAAAUUUAUUCACACCAAUUGUUUGUAAGAUUGGACCUUGCUGGACUUGAGGAGUUGGAAUGGCCCCACCUGAGUUUGUUCAUCAUUUUGCAGUCACAUCGUUCAUUCACUAUUAAGGAGGCAUGUGAGACAUAUACUUGGUUAGUAAGAUCGUGCAAAUGAUUACCCACAUGUUUGUGGUGUUUGUGUCUCUCUUAUGUGGGCUAGAUUUUCGUUCCUGGUUGCAUCAGGUGCACUAUUAAUUUUUAUUUUCAUGAAUCAGCAAUUUAUAGAUUUAGGAAACCUUCAGUGUCAGUUGCAUAGCACAUCAAAGAAGAGUCAAGGAGUUUCUUGGAGAUGGUACCAGGUUGUUCCAAAGUUGGGUACAUUUUAAGACAUCAUGACUUGUUCCGGGAAAAAAGGUAUUUUGCCAGAGGUAACAAAUUAUUUUGCCCUAAAGGAGGUGUAGAAGGAUCGAAUGUCUCAAACUUUGGUUCUUCACAUAAUUGAGUUAUGAAAAAAUAGCGAAAGCCUCUUUUUAAAAAUAGUGAAAGCCUCUUUUUUAAAAAUAGAGAAAGCUUCUUUUUUUCUCUCUCUUUUUCUUUUUCUGUUUUCAGUUCUGGGUGGAAGCCGGCUGACUGUGAGAACGAGGGUAGACUCAAACCUAGGUCUCUUGCAGCAACGCAAGAGACUUUACCAACUUAGCCGGUUGGCAUCUCAUAGUGAAAGCAAUUUAGCUACAAAUUUCUCCGCAUUUAAACUUAGUAUUCAGAGUUGAAUCUGGCCAAAGAUUACACUAUCAUGAUAUUUUCUUAGCUCGUAAAUGUUAUAGAGGCAGUGGACCAUCAUAUGGCUUGCUCGUUGGUGGUAGUUUUUAGGUGAUCCCUGGAUUUUAGAGAAAGUGAAUGUGAUUCAUCUGGAUGUGUAACAGAGUCAGGGAGUACCAGAACAAUGGAUGAUUAGGAAAGAAAAUUGUUGCUUGCUUGAUUUUUCAUGAUAGCUUUUUGGUUUUGUUAGACAUACCAUUUUGUUUUCUGAUCUAUACUUUUAUAAAUUUAUUAACAAGUAAUUUUUUUGAUCAAUGGAGUGAUGGCAUAUUGUUGAAGAAGCUUGAGGAUUGUGUCAAAUAAAAUCAGAGUAUGCUUGAGAUGCUUUGCUAUGUGUAAGACCAUAAUAUGUCACCCUGGCAGAGAUUAAAAAAAGGCUUCUUGGAAGUAGUGAGUUGUUGGAAGUGAAGUGUUUGAUGGUGCUUACUAUUGUGAUGACUUUUGAUCUUGGACAGGAAUUGUUGCUGAAGUAAAACCAAUGGAGCUUGCAGA